AUGUCCCUUGCCUCAUGCUUGUUCACAAUACCUAAGUACACCACGCCAAACGCCGACUGCAAACCUUUCUUUUUUUUUUUCGUCCCUCGCAGCCUGCACGAGCUUCGCCACGUUGCAGACAACGGCAGGGGUCCGGGUGUCUGGAACGUCGGACAUUUUACGCUGGGAAUCGUCAGGAGGCAGCAGAAGACCAAGGCACAGAAUGGUGCACACGGCAGAGCCAUAGCAGAAGGCAAAGCGACGGACAUGAUCGGUCGAAUCAUGGGCGUCGACGAGCCGGCCUGCGCCGGUAUUGAUGGUUCAAUGCUAAAGUACAACAAGCACGAGUCGGGUGCUGAUAACCUAGCAGACGCGCUGACAUGCAACCCACGCGACGCCGGCGCGCGAGGCAAAAAUAUCCAACCAAUGGGAGGCGGCUAUCUUUACGAUGAAGCUCUCGGCGGAUAA